AUGGCGUUCGGACAUAACAGGACAAGCAACUACACCCGCAUCCAGGCGAUGGGGUCGCCGCGGGGCGGCCGAUGCGCGGCGGCGGCGGCGAAGGGGUGCGUGGCGGCGGAGGAGAUGCUGUCGCAGAAGAACGUGGAGUCGGUGCUGUUCCGUGGCAAGAAGCUGGCGGAGCAGACCAACGCGGAGAAGCUGGAGCGGUUCGCGCACGAGCUCGUCAAGGAGCACGACCGCCGGGUCGGCGCCGCCGCCCCCGCCGUCGUCAAGCAGCAGCCGGCGUCCGCGCCCGACAACGCCGCGCCGGCGUCGUACUCGAACCUGCUGGGUUUUGUAAAUGAGGAUGAGGAUGAACAAAGUGCACUACUACAUGGUGCGUGCCGUGAUCCGUAG